AGGGGGCAACUAAACAAGAGAAAAGAGUGAAGCGUUCGCUGAUCGCGGGAAGCGAAGGCGAAGCUCGUCCCAGUUCGCCAUCGCCGCCAUGGCUCUCAACCUCAUCUCCGCCGCAUUCUUCCUUGUCAUCACCGUCCCUCGUAUUCUAGGCGCCGGAGAAGUGGAAUCAGUACCAGAUCUUGAGAAGGCUAUGUACUUGACUGUUGAAGGUUAUCCUUGCGUUAGGCUUCUGAAUCUCUCUAGUGAAAUUGGUUGCUCAAAUCCUGGUAGUGGGAAGGUUGUUGCACCCAUUGUACGAUUUAGUAAUGCUCAUGACCAGUUGGAUCGUUUGUCUACAGUCUUGAUCUCCAUAGAUGAGAUGCAAAGCUUUUUUCUCAGGGUUUCUAGUGAUUUGUAUUUUGCCAAAAAAGUAGCUGGUGUUUUGGUUGAGCCUAGCAACCUGAACAAGUCAAUAGGAUUCUCACCUGUUGAAAAGUUUCCGCAAGCUGCAUUUGCACCCUAUCAGAGCCUGAAUUAUGAGUGGAACCCUACUGGUUCUGGUAUCAUGUGGAAUAGCUAUGAUUUUCCGGUUUUUCUACUUUCCGAGAAGAGUGCAUCAAUUGUUCAAGAAAUAGUUAUCAAGAACAUGAAGGACAACACUGCAUAUCGAACUGAUGUUGCUGAGUUUGAUCUGGUCAUGCAGACAACAAAGGUUGGGACGCAUGAUUCUGAAUCUUGCCUGAAAGAAGGAUCUUGUCUCCCCUUAGGUGGUUACAGUGUCUGGUCUUCACUACCACCAAUCAAUAUUUCAUCACUGGGGCCACCCAAACCUAUCCUAUUGACCAUUGUAUCUCAAGAUUCUGCAUCCUUUUUCCGUGAUCAAAGUAUUGGUGCUGAUUCUCCUUUAUCUGGGUUGAUAGCAUUGUUGGCUGCAGUUGAUGCUCUUUCUAAUAUUGGCAGUUUAGAUAAGCUGCAGAAGCAGCUUGUUUUUGCAGUUUUUACAGGGGAAGCAUGGGGUUAUCUUGGUAGCAGAAGAUUUCUACAUGAACUAGAUAUUGGUACAGAUGGCUUGAAGGGCCUGAAUGGUACACUAAUUGAACAGGUUUUGGAGAUUGGAUCUGUUGGACAAGGCUUGGGUGAAGGUUUCACAACUUUUUAUGCGCACACAGAAGUGGACUCAUCUAAGACAAAAGAAAUGCUUAAUGCAUUGCAAAAGGCUAGUGUUUCACUUGGCACUGACAAUGUUAAAAUGAAAAGAGCAGAUGCAUCAAAUCCUGGUCUUCCUCCAUCUUCAAUGAUGGCAUUUUUAAGAAAGAACCAAUCAACUUCCGGGGUUGUCUUGGAGGAAUUUGAUGGCUCCUUUAGUAACAAAUUCUAUCACAGUCAUCUGGAUAAUCCAUCAAAUAUCAACUCUUCAUCCAUAGCAGCAGCUGCCAUUCUGGCUGCACGUGCUAUUUAUAUUCUUGCUACUGGUGAUCUGACAUUAAAUCUCAUCGCACUGAAUUCUAUUAAGAUUAACAUGUCAUUGGUGGAAGAAUUGGUUGGAUGCCUUUUGACCUGUGAGCCUGGCCUUUCUUGUGCUUUGGUUAAAAAGUUCAUUUCUCCUAGCAACACCUGCCCUAGUCAUUAUGUCGGUGUUUUUCUUGGUAUGCCAUCUAAUAUCAAAUAUGAGCAAUACCCUGAAUACGUGGAUGAUACCUCUCGGUUUGUCUGGAAUUUUCUUGCGGAUAGAACUGCAACUCAAACUAGUAAUGCAAGUUUUUGCACAAGAGAGUGCGAUGGAGAAGGUGAAGUUUGCAUUGGAGCAGAACCAGCGGGUAAAGGCAGAUGUAUGAUAUCCACAACCAGAUAUAUUCCCGCUUAUUCCACCAGGUUGACAUUUGAAGGAAACUCCUGGCAAGUCAUUCCUGCUGAUGCUUCUGAUUCAAUGGGGCUUGUCGAUCCAGUGUGGACUGAAAGCUAUUGGGGUACCCUUGGCUUGCGAAUCUAUAAGGUGCAAAGUUCAGCAUAUGAUCACCUUGUUCUUCUUGGUGGCGUGGCUGUAACAGCCGUGGCCUAUCUUGCAGUAAUUGUCACCAGAACCUGCCUUGUAAAGGCCUUGAAGCAUGAUUAGCUCCACAUUGCACUACACAUUCUGCAGAUCAUUCUAAAUCACACCUGAAUUCGUAGUCACCAUGGAUCUCGAAGAAAGUAUAUCAUCUUUGGGGAACUGUAAUGCCGUCUUUUGGUACUAUUUGACAAAGAUGCUGACCCUUACCUUGUAGGAAUUGUUAUUCAAAGAAUUUAUCAGUCAAUUCACGGAAAUGUGCCAAUUGUAUUCAUCAGUCAGUUAGCAUUGAUAUGAUACAUAUAAAAAUUGCUUAUGCCUGUCUGGCAAUUUUAAUUUUCAGAAUGUAUCUUCUUAGGGGACGUUUGGGAACGUUUGGUUUAUGGUAAUGACAUAUUAUCACGUAAUGAAAUUAUCAUAAUAAUAUGAGUGGAAUUGUUA